CCCCGUCUCGCGCAGUCACCGUCACCGGCGUCGAGUACAGACGGAGAUAAGUUUUAUCUCGGCGUAUGGCGCUCACCCAUAUGAUUUCAAUAAAUUGUUAUCAAUGUUAUCAGUGUCCAAUUCUAAUUUAGUGCACCAGCACCACUGCAAUUCAAUAUUCAUUCGGCACUGUCCCCACUGAGUACUGACUACUGCUCCGAGUGUUCCGUAGUCAUCAGUAAUAAUCGUGUAUUCGUGUUUGUGCGUUGUACCGUUGUAUGUUUAUGGUAGUGUUGUCGCAUUGUGCACCUGUGCAGUGGUCAACGACGUCCGAACUGGAUGUAAUGACAGCGAAAAUGAUGCCGUUGCGUGUUACAUUUUUUCGUUAUUUAUUAUGAUUUGUGAGAGUAACACUGCUGCGUAGAGCAACAAAACCGGAAGUACCCACGUUGUUCAAAAGUUCUGCUAAUACGUACGUCGCGGAAACAAUGAAUAUUCAUUCAGUUCAUCUAUUGUUCCGAAAAUUUAAUCUGUGUUAAUUUUUCGAACAAUCAAAUUUUUUAUAUAAAUUCUGCGUGAAUGAAAUCCUUAUUAUCGUUCAAUCCCGUUUGUUAAUUUCUUUUAAACGGCAUAUUUCAUUACACUCAAUAGCCUUUGUCGAUCAAAAUAAUAUCAAUAUGGAAAUUACUGAUUCGGAAGCUUUAAAAGACGUAUUGUUUUUACUCAACAGUACACACACAAAUGCUAAACAAUUUUAUAACAUGAUGAUUUCAAAUAAGACUGCAAUUAAAAUGAGUGAUUCUGAUGAAGACUUAAUGAAUAAUAUGUAUAAUGCAUUAUUUCAGUGUUUUGGGAUCAUUAUCACAGGGUAUUUGUCAGGGCGAUUGGGCCUGGUUAGUCAUGCUGCUGGUAUUGGCUUAAAUAGAUUCGUUGGAACAUUUGCGUUACCUUCACUUAUAUUUGUUAAUAUGGCUGUGUUAGAAUUAUCAUCUGUGAACUUGGUUUUUUUGGGAUCUCUACUCCUAUCUAAGACUUUGGUAUUUGUAUCAGUUGCUUUAAUUACUGUAUUAGUAACAAGACCUCCAGACAUAGCUAGAGCUGCUCUGUUUGCUAUAUUCUGUACCCAGAGCAAUGAUUUUGCUAUUGGAGCUCCAAUAUUUGAAGCGCUCUACAGACAUCAACAUAGUGAAUUUGUUCAAUAUCUCUAUCUCGUGGCUCCUAUUAAUUUAAUAAUCCUAAAUCCAUUUGGUUUUGCAAUGAUGGAAUUAGGCAAAGAAUAUAAUCGACAUGAAACUACAAGACGUUCUGCUUUAAUGGGACGAAUAUCAAGGAACAUUAUUUGUAAUCCUGUUGUGUUUAUGACAGCUUUGGGGAUGAUAGCUAAUUUAGUAUUUAAUCACGACCCACCCAAAAUGAUUACAACUUUCUUAGGAACUUUUGGCAAUGCGUUUACUGCUACUGCAUUGUUUCUACUUGGUUUACGAAUGGUUGGAAACAUCAAUAAACUUAGAGGAGAAGCUUUAAUUUUACCAUUACUCCUAAUUGCUGCUAAAUUAAUAGUUUUGCCAUUAGUGAUAAGAGAACUUACAAGUAUUUUUUUGGGAAAAUUCGGUACAGUAAAUGCUGAUGAUAGCCUUGCCUUUUCAAUGUUUGGAUUUUUAUAUGGAAUGAUUCCUUCCGCCCCAGCUGUUUUUGUUUAUGCAUCAGCAUAUAAUCUCGAAAUGGAUUUGAUUGCUAGUUCCAUGGUAUUGUGCGUAUUCUUCUCAGCUCCAAUUAUGUUUUUAACUGCCAAGAUAAUAUCUGUGGCCAAAUUAGAUCCAUCAAAUAAUAUAACAGCCUUAAAGGGGUAUCAAUUCAAUGUUAGUAUACUCGCCAUCCCAGCAUCUCUUUGGAUUAUCCUAGUCAUGUUAAAAAAACUAAAAAGUUUACCAUUCAAAGUAGUUUUUUGUUUAGUAAUUUCACAGGUAAUUUCAUGUACUGGUGUAUUACUAGAGUACUUAUCAGAAACUCCACAAUCACAUCCCUUAACAUACAUUCAACUUAUGUUGAGUAUAGCUGGUGAUAUGAGUUGUUACAUUUGGACUGCAUGUUUAGCUUUUACUUUGCUAAUAAUGCAUAAACCAUUUACUGAUGAAUUCCAAAAUAAAAUUAUUUAUUUCUAUAUGAUAAUAUCUUGGGGUGUACCAAUAUUGUUGGUUUCUGUUCUGAUGUUGACUUGCCAGCCACCAUUGUUUAUUAAAUCGGAUUUUGAUCAAAAUUAUGUGUAUGGAACUCCAGAAGCUGCAACUCUUACAAUGAUUCUCCUUUCAUCUAUAAUUUGCACCAUCGUUUGUUUAGUUUUGCACCAACGCCAAAAGCAUAAAAUAAUUAGACCAAUAGUUUAUUCAGAAUCUAUAAAUGAUGUACAAAGUACAUCCAAGCAAUCUAUAGACACUCAUAGUAUUGACACAGACGAUUUAAAACAAGGUCUUCUUUAUGAAACUGGAACAAGUGUUAUGGAUAAUAAUGAAUAUAUUAAACAUUCUCUAUUACUUAUUAUGCAAGCAGUUGCAAUGUUUGUUACAUUCUCUGUGGCCAUUUGGAGAAUAUUUGGUGAAACAAAUGGACUAUACCUUGAAUUAGCGUAUUCUGAAACUUCUUUAAUGAGAGGGCAAUCAAUUUUCACAUUGUUGAUUUAUGGCAUUAAUUAUCAAUCUAUUAAUAGACCGAUUGUGCGAGCAUGGAAUAAAUUUUGGUGGGGAGGAUCACCAAUUGAGUGUCCAUCAUGGGAGGAACUUCCAUAUGAUACAAGAAAAACAUGUGAUAACUUUAUGUUUAAACACAGAGAAAAGUGUUUGGCAGAGAUUACUCAUCUUACUAGAUGGAAACUGUGGAAGUAUAAGAAAACAUUUACUGGUUCUGAGCUUGUAACAUGGUUAGUGGAGAACAAUAUUUGUUCAAGUCGAGAUGAUGCAUUAGGAUAUUCUAUUAAGUUAUGGAAUGGACAAGUACUGAGACACUUAAAUUGUACCGAACAUUUCCAAGAUGUAUCAAAUAUAUUAUAUACAUUUAAUCGCCGCUAAUUUUUACAACCUUUAUAUUAUUUUUGGUGAUUUAUAAAUAAUCUCCAUUGAUUAUUAUUGUGAUAAUUGACUGUUAAGAGUGAGAAUAUUUUAAUAAUAAUUUACAUUUUUUUAAGCUUGUAUUUGCCAAUAUGCUUCAUAUGUUAUUGAAUGGUUGGAUUAUGUAUAUACUUACUUAGUUUAAAAAAAAAAAAUUAUCAGUUCUAGAAAAUUGAAUAGUUUGAUAAUGUGAUUACAUUUUUAUAAUAAUAAUUAUUAUUAUUUUAUAUUCAUUUUUACUAUUAUAAUUUAUUAUUAAUUUAAUUGUUGACAGGCUUAAUAUAUUAUUUUAUAUAUAUUAAAUAAAUUUAUCAUAUAUUAAAACAAACAACUAUAAUUAAAAUAUUAAAGUUAUAGUUUGCUUUGAAUAAAAAUUGUUUUUGUUGAACA